GAAGCUGUGGAGGGCUUCUGGGAUUUCAGGGGAGAUGCUUUGAACCCUGUGGCAAGGAAGACGCCAAGGGCAGGAUGGGUCUACGUGGGAGCAAAAACAACAAAACCAUCGUGCAGCAGAGGAACAAUUCAAUAUAUAAGCUGAGACAUAAAAAGAAGGUGCCACCGCCUGCACCACCGAGCAAACCCAACACAUCUUCUGCUCCUGCUGACCAGGCUUCGAGCAAUGGCAAACACUGUGUAAUUGCGCAGCAUGAGUUUGUGCCAACAAGUGAGCGGGAUCUGCCGUUGGCACUAGGUGAAAUAUUUGAAGUCCUUUGCAGUAAUGGGGACUGGUGGCUAGCAAAAUCACUUACCACCAAGAAGAUAGGCUACAUUCCUAGUAAUUUUGUGGCCCGGGUCAACAGCCUAGAAGAAGAGAAGUGGUUUUUUAAAGGCCUCAGCCGAAAAGAAGCCGAACGCUUCUUGAUGGCGCCGCGCAAUGCAAUGGGUUCAUUUUUGAUCAGGGAAAGUGAAACGACUCCAGAUGCCUUUUCCCUUUCCAUUAGAGACAGCGCUUCUCAAGGGGAUGCCAUCAAGCAUUACAAGAUUCGGAAGAUGGACAACGGCGGCUAUUACAUUUGCCCCCAGACCAUAUUCUUUUCACUCCCGGAGCUUGUCAAGCAUUAUUCUGUUCAGCAAGGUGGUUUAUGCCAGAGACUCAGAGAACCCUGCAUCUCUCUGACUCCACAAAGCCCUUGGGCCACGGAUGAAUGGGAGAUCCCUCGGUCAACCCUGAAGCUGAUCAAGAAGUUGGGAUCUGGCCAGUUUGGAGAGGUGUGGAUGGGAUAUUACAAGAAUAAUGUGAAGGUGGCCAUCAAGACGCUGAAAGAAGGCAGCAUGUCUCCUGAUGCCUUCUUGGCCGAGGCCAACUUGAUGAAGCGGCUUCGGCACAGCAAGCUGGUCCGACUGCAUGCAGUGGUUACCGAACAGCCCAUUUAUAUCAUCACAGAAUACAUGGCCAACGGGAGUUUAUUGGAUUACUUGCAAACUGAAGAAGGAAAGAAACUGAAUCUUCCCAGACUUAUUGAUAUGGCUGCUCAGGUUGCAGAAGGGAUGGCGUACAUUGAGAGAAUGAACUCCAUCCACAGAGACCUCAGGGCUGCCAACAUUUUGGUCUCGGAGACGCUUUGCUGCAAAGUCGCAGACUUCGGCCUGGCUAGGAUCAUAGAGGAUGAAUACUUUGCACAAGAAGGUACCAAAUUUCCUAUCAAGUGGACAGCUCCGGAAGCCAUUAACUAUGGGGUUUUCACCAUCAAAUCUGACGUCUGGUCUUUCGGGGUUCUUCUAACAGAAAUCAUCACUUAUGGAAGGUGUCCAUAUGCAGCAAUGACCAAUCCUGAGGUUAUCCAAAAGCUAGAACAGGGCUAUCGGAUGCCAUGCCCGGACUCUUGUCCACCUGAACUCUAUGCCAUGAUGCUGAAAUGCUGGAAAGAUAAGGCAGAAGAACGGCCCACCUUUGAGUACCUUCAGUCUACCCUCGAAGACUUUUACACGUCCACAGAAAUGCAGUACCAACCAGAGCCUGUGGUUUCUUGACUGUUGAUUGGUGGAGGAAAGGCGAGAUCCUGAAAAAGAAAAUCAGAGAACACUAGUGGGAGGGACGCAUGAGGUUUAUUAGGAAUUGGACAUUGCUGGGUCUUUGGGCAACUCUUUCUUUUUCAAUGUUAUCUCAGUGUCGCUCUCCUUUAUGUCCCUCCAUUCAGAAGUAUGUGAACCGAGCUGGUCCCUGGAGUCACAAAACAAG